CCAUGUUGCAGGAAUCAGGAAAUCAAGGACUUCACCCUACCAUCCGAGCUGCAAUGGGAUGUGUGAACGGUUCAAUAGAACUGUACUGAACAUGUUGGGAACAUUGGAUCCGGACCUGAAGGGUGAUUGGAAGAAACAUGUAGGACCCUUGGUACAUGCUUACAACAGUACACGGCAUGAACAGACUGGCUACAGUCCAUUCUACCUUAUGUUUGGGAGGAGGCCACGGUUACCAGUGGACUUAGCUUUUGGGAUUGAGAGAAAGGAGAAGAGUUCAAGCCCGUGUAAGUAUGUGGAUGAGCUGCGAACCAGACUAAAGUCUGCUUAUGAUGUUGCCACAAGGAGUGCAGAUAAAGCUCGGGGGAGACAAAAGGAAAACUAUGACAGACGGAUACGCGGUUCAAGCAUAUUGUGUGGUGAUAGGGUGUUGGUUAAGAAGCUGGUACAUGAAGGAAAGCAUAAGCUUGACAACAAAUGGGAAGAUACAGUGUAUGUAGUGGAAAAACAGGAGAACAACGAAAUCCCGGUAUUCACUGUCAGGCCGGAAACAGGAACAGGUCGUACCAGGAAGCUCCACAGGAACCUGCUACUACCAGUAGGGGAGUUAUUCUCUCAGGAGAGCGGAGAUGUGGACCCUGAUCCUGUGAUUCCGAAGCCAAGACUCAGACGGAACAGAUCUAGGGAUACCGUGGAGAAGGUAGUCAUCAAUGGAGAUGAUCAUGGUCCAGCAGCUGAUCUAGUUAGCACUUCAUCCAGUGCUGAGGGGGCUAGAGACGUUGGCAUGGACACUGGAGUUUCUUCUGACGUGGAUGACGACCCAUUGCCAGAUGAAACUGAGGGUGGCAGUGGUGCUGAUGACGAUCAGAACUCUACUGCAGAGGAUCACCAGAUGUCGCCCAGGAGGGUCCUCAACUCUUCGGAGGGGGAGGAAGUGGCACCUGUCAGUGCCAAGCACCGAGGACCUGAUCAUGAGAGACCAGUACCUGUUCCCAGGAAAACUAUCAGAAGACAUCAACCCCCGACUUGGCAAACCUCGGGUGAAUUUGCUAUGCGCCAGACCCCAGUGACACCAGAUUGGAUGUCAAGGGCAAGCUACCUGCAGGAAUUGGCCAAGGAAGGGAAUCUGGACAGAAUGCCAGAGAGAAUAUUGGAUUCUCUUUUGACCAUUGUAAGUGGGUCAACAUGAUGUUUUAUUUGUUAUUUUAGUAGUACAUGUAUGUUGUUUUUAUCCAUUUUCUUGUAGGUGUGCAACAUUGAUAUCUCCGUCACAACAAUGACACGGAGGUCAUUCAUCUGUGAGGGGGAGUGUGUCACAGGGUUAUAUUUUAUGUAAAAUCAUUGUAUGUUAUAUUUCAAGGAGUGUGCAUCUUUAAUGUACUGUUGGUAUUUGUUUGGUGUGAGAAACCUUAAUAGGAAUGAAAGGAAUGUGAGUAUGUAUGACAUGUGACCUGACAUGGACAAUUUCAUUGGACAGUUUUUACCUGUAUUGCAUGUUUUUAAUCCUCUUAGUAUUUCAAAUCACUUCUCUUCUGGCGCUCUAGCUGAAAACAAUCUGUAGAAGUCAGAGCCUAAAUUAUAUUGAAGAUCUGGUGAGUUUUUACUUUCAUUUGAUACUAUUUUGUAACUAAGUAUAUAUUAAUGUUGUAUUAUAAAACAACAUAUAAUAUUGUGUUUUAAUAAGUAUUUUGAAAAGAUCUGUGUAGAAAGCAUAUCUGGUACUUUGUCAGAAGUUAUGUGCUUCAUGUAUGUUUAAUUGGAAUUGAUAGAUAUCAUAAUACAAUAUAUUUUGUAUAUGACCUUUUUAUUUGUAUAUAUAUUAGACCAGAUUAUUCAUUGAUUACAGCUGGUGAUUACUUGUGAAUCUGGUUGGUGGUAAUGAAUAAUGUUCCGGAAACCUCCGCAUGAUAUGUGGGGGUUUUAUUAAUGGAUAAUAAAACUACCAUGAACAACAAAGUGGCAUUGGAUUAUAUAUACCCACACCUGUAACAAAU